AUGGUUUCAACAACACAGGGAGGACAUGUCCGCAGCUUUUCGAUCAACGAUCAGGAACUGAGCAAUAUCGUUGUUCGUUCGAAUGAACGCUAUGAUAUUUUGAUUGAUAUUUUUCAAGUACAGGAACAAUUACAAAAUCAUUGGCCAUAUCAUCGCCGAUCCAAAGAACCACCUAUCGACAAGUGGAAUGAAAAGGGAUUGAUGGGAGUUUGUAUACUUCGAGAAUUAACAUAUUUCGACGUUGGACGAUCUUUCCUGGCUGAUAGCUUGCACAACAAAAGGAUGGUUCACCUUUGGCUUAAUAAAAGGUUUCGAAAUGAAGAUUGGAACAUAAGUAAGGGCAUAACAAUAUCAAUAAUAUUGGGAUCGGAUAGUAUUGGAAUUGGUAAUGGGGUUGUAUUGGUAUUGAUUACAGGUGGAUAUUCACGAUUGGUACGAAAAAUCAAUAUCUUUAUCGAUAUCAAUAUUAUUAUAUCUUUGAAUAUAGGUGGAAGGAUAAUUGAACUCGCCACAUUGUUUCGUUGUGUUCGACUUCCGUCAACCACAACAAGAAUACCUCGUUCGCUUAUUGAGUAUAGAAGAUUUAAAGCCAACGAAUUGCGCGUCUUACUCCUGUUCGGACACGUCAUUUUCAAGAAAUUCUUACAAGAACAGUACUACAAGCACCUUCUACAGCUAGUUGUCAUCAUGCACAUGUCAGAGGGUAGAAAGAUCGAUAACUUGGAUGAACAAUUUAUCAAACGCCUCUGUCACAGUUUUGUUUUAUCGUUUUCGCAAAUCUACACGGACCGACAUUGUGUUCAAGUGGUUCAUUCAAUCAUUCAUAUACCUGAAACAAUUAAUGACUUCGGUCCAUUAACAAACUAUACCACGUUCCAGUUUGAGAACGAUCUUGGUACGAGCUUACGUUUUUCUCUGUUUCUGACAUUUCGUCUGUUUGUACUGUGGACAGGUGUGCUGGUUAAAUCAACGAAGGGUCCACGAAAUCAAGCUGAAGAAAUUAUGCAAAAUUUACAUGUUCUUCAACAUGCAAAACGUCAUUGUAUGGAUCCGACCAUGAGCUCAGAUUUUGCUUCUUUUCUUUUCUCUACCUUCUUCCAUUCAAAAUUAGUAGAUGAUUCUAAAAGAACACGUUUACUGCUUAAGCACAAAUGUAGCAAAGAAGACGCGUCCGUACGUCUGCUCUUCCCUUCGGCACAGCUCGAUUUUUUCGACGUAAUAUACCUGGAUGACUGUCGUCUCUCAACUCGUUCGUACUCACAUGGCAAAACCUCUGAUGACUCGAAUAUUCUUUUUCGUUUGAAUGGAACGGAACAGUUUGGCCGAAUUCGUGCAAUAUUCACAUUGAAUCGUAGUCAGCCCAUGAUUUUCGUUGCUCAUUUCCUGAACAACUCACCCUUAGUGUGCCCACUUGAUCAAUCACAAAAAAUUGAAUUUCCUGGUAUACAAUUUUCUUCAUCAGUCAGAUGGUCUUACAUUCUUAUUGACAUUGAUGACUUUAUCGAGAAAACUGUUUAUUUUGAAAGUGCUGGUGCCGGUGUAUCUUUCUGUCGUUUCCCAAAUUUAACUCACAGCUCCUAG